CAUCAGCAGGCAGGUGUCCUCACGUGGUGUCACAGGGUUUCUGAGCUCCAGGGAGCCGUCAACAACCACCAUGGCCGAGUCCCAGCUCAUGUGCAUGGAGGACGGUCGCAUCGGAGCCAAAGUCCCGGAGUCCAAACCGGAGUUCUACUACAGCGAGGAGCAGCGCGUGGCCAUCGAGGAGCUGCUCAAGAAUGGCGACGGCGCGUUCAAGACGCGCCUCAGAGAGGACGACAUGAAAGACUUCCUGUCCGCCAGGGAGGUCAAGCUGGUCCUGAGCACCUUCAAGAAGUACGACACGGGCGAUGACAGCAGCGGCGGCGGCAGCAGCGCUUCUCCCUCCAGGUCGGAGAAGGGAGCCGCCGGCACCGACGCGGACUCGGGGGUCCACUCCACCUACUGGCCCCAGAUGUCGGACACUGAGGUGCCGCCGCUGGACAUCGGCUGGCCCGGCGGGGGGUUGUUCAAAGGGGUGACCCGGGUGGCCGUGCACACACACCCGCCCAAAGAAAACGGACCCCACAUCAAGGAGGUGGUGCGGAGGCUCAUCCAGGAGGCCAGCAAGGUGAUAGCGAUCGUGAUGGACUUGCUGACAGACAUCCAAAUACUGCAGGACCUGAUGGAUGCAGCCUUCCGUCGCUCUGUGCCCGUUUACAUCUUGUUGGACGAGCAAGGCGUGCCACACUUCCUAGAUAUGUGCUCCAGACUGCAGAUCGGCGCACAGCAUCUUCGGAACAUCAGGGCCAGAACGCUGCAAGGAAUCGGCUUCGGGUUGUCCUUCGGCAGACUCCCCGGGUCGCUCUCUAAUAAAUACAUGCUGGUAGAUGGAGACAAAGUCAUGUUUGGCUCCUACAGUUUCACUUGGUGCACGUCUCGUAUGGACCGAAACAUGAUCACUGUGAUGACGGGGCAGGUGGUCGACUUCUUUGACCGGGACUUCCGAGAGCUGUACGCCAUCUCUGAGAAGCUGGACCUUUACAAGGAGUUUCAUGUGAGCCCGCCGGCUGCUAACAGGACCGUCACGGUUCGUUCCAAAGUGGAACCCAAACGCCCCAUAUUACCAGCGACCACAUCGCGCUUCCAGGUGAGCUUGGGGGAUUCACCGAAAGCCGACAUCCAGGUGCCUGCACACAAAUACUACAACCCCAAAUAUGCGCUGGCGUUUGGAGAUGUUCCACGUCCACCAGGAUCUCUACAGGAGCGAGGACCUAAGAGGGGUUCAGUGCUGGCUGAGGUUCCCUGGGAGGUGGAGCCGGAGCGGCAACGACUGACCAGCAGUGAGAGGAUGGGUCCGCCGCCCUCAGAAGCCCUCAGUGAAAGCCUUAAGAAGCCAAUCAAGCAGGAGAAAAAGGGGCGGUUUACGUGGAAGAAGAAAUUUUGUCCGGGGAAAUCUCCCAGUAAGCUUUCUGUGAACAGCAAUGCGUGCCCUUCGCCCACAGAAGAUAAUCAGACUGAUGAGAUUGAGGACAGUUUUGAGGUGGUCGUGUUAUCUCCGUCUAAAGGGAAUAAGAAACAGUCGAAACUGGGCCGGAGGACUGCGUCUGAGCAAGCUGUCAACGCUGCACAGGACAACGAGAGCAUUAAGAGUCCACAUCGAGGAAAGAAAGAGUGCACAGUGUCUUGAUCUGAACCUGACGCCCGUUUCCGACCUCAGAAGUCGUUCACACAGAAUGGAUUACAAAAUGACUUCCUCGACACUAACGUCACAAAUGAAUGUGCAAUAUUGUGUUUUAUCUGGACCACAUGAAUGUACAGGCCUUCAGGUAACGGUUGCAUAUGCACGUGCAGUUUUUAUGUCAAAUCAGUCGUCAUCAGUACUGUGGGAUACGUGUCGCCCUGGGUGGGUGCAGAAAGAUUUAAUCAGAUUUCCUGGUGAUCACUUGCUUUUUGAGUUCACAGCUUUAAGGACAAAAUGUUGAAUAUCUGAGUUUACAAAUGAUGCACGAACAUGUAAACGGCAGAGAGACAUGGAAGCAGACUGGACUCUCCCUGAUCAGGCAUUACUGUUAUUUAUUUUAAAGCGGCACAUUUCCAUACUUGAUGAUUUUGCUUCUCGCUCCUCCUAGAAUAAGGAAUCCAAAGCCCUGACAAACAAUUACAUAACAAAAUAAAUACGUAUAAUGGAACAAAAUAGGAGUGGAGCAGCUAUGAACCUCGUUGUUAACCUUUUUAGUGAGCUGUCAGUGUGGGCCGUUAGGUGUGUUCUGCAUUGCACUGUAAAGAUUUUCAUUAUUUUUUAUGUUGUAAUUUAUCUGUAACUGAAUGUUGCUAAGAAUUGAUGUUAAUAUCUGUUUGACGCACUAAUAAAUCGUGGGAUAUUUUUUGCCA